GCUACAGAUCACAUGCGCCUCUUUGUUUCGGCAAAAUUCGGUGGAUAUGAAGGCGGGUUGAUGCGUUUUGAGAGUCGUACAUAUAAUGGCUAUGCCUUGAAGCGAAAACGAGAUGCGAUUUCCAGCGUCUAAAUAUCUCUUUUGGGGAUUUUGUCUAUGGAUUUUGUCUGGGAAUUUUCUUUCGGGAUUCCAACACAAGCGAUCGCUUGAUUCUUCGAGCUCACAUUUGUCAAAUGACACAGGAUUAUGCUCAGACUGUAAAGCACCAGAAUUUGACAAGCCCCUGCAGAAUAGAACAGUAGUUAAAGGAAAAAAGGUGUUGCUUAAAUGCUAUGCAAGUGGCAAUCCUAAGCCAGAGGUGACAUGGUACAGGAAUGGCAAAGCAAUAAGAAACAAAAGCGGCCCAUUUUCCAUCAUUGAAAGAAAUGGAAGCUUUAGGCUAAAGAUUCGUAUGGUGGAGUUAAGUGAUGCUGGUUGGUACAUCUGUGUGGCAAACAACUCAUUUGGGAGAGCACAGACACAAGCAUAUCUCACUGUGAAUAGUGUGAACCCAAAGUCGACUCCACACAAACCAACCCUUGAAAACACACCUUCAUCUUCUGCUCCUCUUGCUUCCACUACUCAAGGUACAUCUACCGAACACUCACAGCAAGCUAAUCCUGGAUACCGCGAAGGAGAUGAGGGACAGGACAAGCCAUCAACAACAACAUCUGGUGAUUUGGAUAUACCUACACCUCCAUCUCUUUCAGAAAAUGGUUCCUGUGUCAUCUACAAUGGCACAAUUUGUGAAAAACUAUUGAAAGGACAGCCCAUCUUUGUCAGAAGUUAUGAAAAACUAGAAAACAUUGAGACAAAAAUCAGCAUUGCCUACAGCAGAAUACAGGAUUAUAAAAAGAUCAGCAAGCAGUGUAGGCCAUUUGUACAACCUUUACUGUGCCAUUUCAAUUUUCCCAGCUGCGACAAGACCUCUUCUGUUCCAACUCCUCGUCAUAUUUGUUAUGAAAAAUGUGAAUUAUUGCGCACUGAUAUUUGUAAAAAUGAGUACUUGGAGGCUAGAAAAGCAUCACUGCAGGGAGUCCUUCUUCCAGAAUGUUCAACAUUGCCUCAUAAAGAUUCAAAGCAGGGAAAGAACUGUAUAUCUAAAUUGAAGGGCAAUGCUCAGAGAAAUACAAAGCCAGUAGUAGGAAAGAAUGCUACACCAAUGAAUGCAUGCUAUAAAGACAGAGGAGAAGAUUUCCGUGCAAAUGUUAGUGUUACAGAAAAAGGCCUGAAAUGUCAGCACUGGAAUGCUACCAAACCUCAUCAUCACAUUUUGUCGCCAACAGAAUACCCUGAGCUUGCAGGAGGACACAACUUUUGUCGAAAUCCUGGAGGGAAAAAGGAGAAACCAUGGUGUUUUACUACUGAUGUUGACUUUAAGUUUGAUUACUGUGAUAUUCCAAGUUGUGAUAAAACAUCCACUACUCCACCAUCUAUACAGAUUGUAAGCAUCUUGUACACUGUUAUUCCAUGUCUGUUGUUUGCCAUCAUCUUUUCGUUAGUGGUGAUCUUCAUUUGCUGGAGAUAUCAUAAGCAGAUCAUCUACCAAGCUGCUCAGACAGCUGCCACUCCACUUGUACCUGUUGUGGGCAAAUCAUCAUAUCCAAAGAUCAAAGAGAUGCGUAGAGAGACUGUAAGAUUCAUAAAAGAUGUAGGUGAAGGAGAAUUUGGCAAACUGUACAAAGGUGAAGUUUUGGAGAAGGUUGAAGGAAUCCAGACAAGAGCUAUCUUAGCAAAAGUACUCCGAAACAGCUCAUCUGCAAGGAACCGGGAAACCUUCUUGCGCCAAGCAGAGACUUGGUCAAAAUUUAGUCAUCCAAAUGUUAUCAGCAUUGUGGGAAUGUGUUACAAUGGGCCUCCCACAUGUAUACUGUAUGAGUGCGUAGAGUAUGGCACAUUACAUGACUACCUGGUGGAGAACUCGCCUCUAGAGGGAGCUGUGGAUGAUGACGAAGAUCCUGAGCCUCUUAAUUAUUAUGAUCAACUGCAGAUUGCUAUUCAAAUUGCUGCUGGAAUGAAUUAUGUAUCCCAACAUAAUUAUAUCCAUGGAGAUUUAGCAGCUCGCAACUGUAUGGUGGGGCCUCGUAUGACUGUCAAAAUUACAGACAUGGCUUUAUCGCGGAACCCUUUUUCCGACGACUAUUGUCGUGUUCCAAAUAGACCUCCUAUGCCCAUACGCUGGAUGGCUCCAGAAGGGGUAUUGAAUUACAGGUUCACUGUAGAGACAGAUAUAUGGUCCUUUGGUGUGGUCCUCUGGGAGAUAUUUUCUUUUGGUUCCAGGCCUCAUGAAGGAUGCUCAGAUGAAGAGGUCAUGGACCAUAUUAGAGAACAUGUGUUGUUACCAUGCCCUGCAGACUGUCCUGCCAGAAUCUUUUUUUUAAUGAAAGAAUGCUGGGAUAUAUUGCCUCCAAGUAGACCACGUUUUAGUACAAUGUAUACUCAACUAUGUGCACUCAGAUGGGACACAAAUGGACCUCGAGAACCUCUUGAAAAAUUUGAGAGAGAAUGCUUUCAUGUCGAUGUGUGAUAGGCAGUGAAAAUAACUGACGUAGAAGUGGACUAAACUUCAAAGGAAACACAAUGAAACUUGAAGUUAACUGACCCAGAUGUGGUCACAACUCCAGUGCAUGCACAACCAUCCACACAGUGUAUCAAGUGACAUAAGUGAAAUAUCUCUGUCAGAAAUAAAGAUCCAAGCCAGUAUUGCAUGCAGAUGAA